AUGAGACAAAUGACAAGUAGACUACAGGUCCAUGCUAAAAAAUCUAUGGAAAAAUUUCGUGAAAUAAAUAUGGUGAAGAAUUGUCCAGGCCCUAAGGCUUAUCCAAUAAUAGGAAAUCUGAAUAUGAUUCUUGGUGAUUCGAACGAUAUAUCACGUAAAUUAAUAGAAUCGUUUGCAAAAUAUACUUCGCCAUGGAGAUUCUGGAUAGGCCCACAAUUAGUCCUAGCAUUUGAUGAACCUAAAGAUUUGAAGAUUAUAUUAAACAAAGAUUCUGAAUUUGAGAAAAGCCAGUUAUAUGACUUUUUGAAACCUUAUAUCGGUAAUGGGUUGCUUACUGCUCCAGUGUCAAUAUGGGAUAAUCAUCGUAACAUCAUAAAUUCAACAUUUAACCACCAAAUGUUUCCAAUUUAUACGGACGUAAUUGUAAAACAUUCAAUCAGACUAAAUGAGAUUUUAGAAACUAAUAAUGGAAGAAAUAUAGAUAUUUUGCAUUAUGUUCAUCUGUAUGCUCUAUUGGAAAAUGAUUUCAAUUUACAAAAUAAUCCGAAAAACAAACUUCAGAAAUAUAUUACUGAGUAA